UACCUGUCAUGACUUAUAGAAAUUUAAUAGAUAUACAGAUUUUGCUAAUAUUGCUUGGCAUUCAGCUGUUAGACAGUGACGAACGUGUAAAGCGACUGGCCACGCCCUCUUUCACAAGAGAAGCCCUCGCCAAUACCGGCAAGUAUGUGGUGUCCAUUAGAUCGCGUACGCCGCACAAAUACUUUGGGGACAAUCAUUUCUGUGCUGGGAGCAUAGUGUCGCCCAUAUUUGUUCUAACUGCUGCGCAGUGUGUGAUGAACAAACAGAAGGUCUUGCGUCGCAGUCGAGUGCUGUUGAUCGUUGCAGGAGCACCCAAUCGACUAAAGUUCUUUGCGAGCAGCUUGCAUGUCCCGGUGAAGACGAUAUUUGUGCCUCAAAACUACACCGUCUUCAAUACGAAUAAUAUAGCGCUACUUAAGACCAGCCUAGAGCUGCCCACUAACAAUUUUCGCAUUGGGAUAGCGCGGCUGCCCAUCAGUCCGGCCGUCAAUGGUCUCUACUAUAGAUCCAUGGGCUGGGGACGCAUAUUUAAGGGUGGACCUCUGGCCUCUAGCAUACUUUUCAUUGAUGUCCUGCUGCACGAUUUCGCAACAUGCAAGCGACUAAUUCGCCCAUUCACACCGGACAUGUUAUGCGUCGGGAAUCUGCACAAGCCCAAACUGGACGAGCAUCCCUGUUCUGGCGAUGCGGGGGAUCCGCUCAUUCUGAACAACACGGUAUAUGGCGUAGCUACCUAUGGCCUGGGCUGCGGCAAUAACCUGUAUCCCUCCGUCUAUACGAAUGUCUGGUACCACAUGGAUUGGAUGAGGGACAUCAUGGAGCGUAAUAACUGUGGAAAGGCUCAAUGCUUAACGGUCUAUGUUUUGAUUGCGCUUUAUGCGUGCAGCUAUUGCAUUUGAACAUAUUUUUACGUAUUAUUUACGAGAAGAAACCCAAAUAUUUAACAUGAUUCUAACUAAUCCCAGAUCACAUUUGUUCGAAUGUGGCUAAGAAGAACGAAUGCACAAUACUUUAAUCAUAAAGCUUAAGCUCGCAUACGCUUCAUGUAGCAGAUACCCUGAGCUCUAAGCUCAUGCGCAGGCGCACACAGACGUCUCUACUACCAAGGGAACAUAUCCUUUGCAGCACAGCCUAAGGCUUAUCUACUUGAAAUUACUUAUGAGAAGAGACGUCCAAAGUGGAAUACAUUUGCAAUCUAUGUACUACAGGAAUGGACCUACUUAAUUGACAUAUAUCUACAUCUGAUGAAAGGCUAUUUAUACAGAUAAAGGGAGCCAGCUGGACGUGGCUGCUGACACUUUGUCGCUUACGCCUGCUUCUGCCAACAAUUAAAAUAUGCAUUGACAAAGUGGUUUUUGUUGAUUGAACUUUGCUAAUUGAAUUUGUCAUCGAGACAGUUCUUAGCUCGUGCCACUUGUGCCCAACUCCCAAUGCUGACUGGUCACUGGGUAUUGGGGACCUGAUCUAACCGCCCAGUGUGCAGCAAAAGUCGCUUCCGGUCAAGCUUGUUUUUUGUGUUGUUGUUGUUGUUGUUGCUUUUUCGCCUCCUGCUUUUAUUUGCGCACAGACGUUAUUUUGUUUUAUUUUAUUUGUG